AUGGCGUGCAGUUUCGAGGUGGUCGACAGAGCUCACUGUAAGCUGCUUCUGCGUGAGCUGAACGAGCAGAGGAUGCGGGGCAGCUUCUGCGACGUGACCAUUGUGGUACAGGACAGCAAGUUUAAGGCCCACAAGAACAUCCUGGCCGCCUUCAGCUGCUACUUCCGCGAGCGCUUGACCGGCCCCAGCCUCUGGGCCAUGGAGUCCGUCCUCGAGCUGCGGGAAAUGAGAGCCGAAGUCUUCGCCAAGAUCCUCAACUUCAUCUACAGCUCCCAGGUGGUCAUCGAGAGGCUGGACGAGGCCGACGCCCUGGCGAGCGCGGGUCACCGGCUGGGCAUCCACUUCCUGAAAGACCUCCUGCAGCGCCCACCCCAGCCCGCACCGGACUCUUCCUCUUCCUCGCUCUCGCCGCCCUCUUCCGCCCCCCUCCCUCGGUGGCAGACCGUGAGGAAGCACCGAGGCAACGCCGCAACCUACCAGGAGGGUGACAGCGCACUGGGGCUAGGCCCGAGGGAGCCUUUCCUAGGCCCCGAGGCCUUGCCUGGGCCUACCUUCCCCAUCGAUCUGACAGACUCCUCUGUCCGACUGGGUGGAGACAGCGACAGGAUCCCUCCCGCUCCCUCCUUCCCUCCCCAGGCUCCCUCGGGGCAGAGCGGGCAGGCCGCCACCGGUGAGGGAGAGGACAGCUCCUCGGCCUCUCGGGACGGCCUGUUCCCGGCUGACGGCACUGCCCAGAGGCUCCUGACUCUCAACACUGUUGCCAUCAGAGGCCUAGGCUUCAACGUGGAGCAGGAGGCCUCGCGCCAGCUCACCGCCGACUCACCCAGGCCCCUCCAGCCGGAAGGCCCCAACGCCGCCAUCACUCCGACGCCCUCGUCCUGCUCCUCCGCGCCCCUCAGUGACACCGAGCCCCGAGCCCCCGGUGGAGCGGAGCUGAGUUGCCAACACUGCCUCAGGCCCUUUGUCCACCUCAAGAGACUACAGAGCCACCAGACGGCGUGCCGGCAAGGAGGGGGCAGGCCAGGAAUGGGGCGGGAGGCCGGGAGCGCCCCUCAGGCCCAGGGGGCCAGCAGGAAGAGCCGUCGGCGGGACGUGGCCCUGGGCAGCGAGGUGGAGGACCACAUGGUGAAGGUGGUGGAUGGCCACAUCCUGUACUUCUGUGCGGUGUGCGAACGCUCCUACGUCACUCUGUCCAGCCUCAAGCGUCACGCCAACGUCCAUUCCUGGCACCGCAAGUACCCAUGCCACUUCUGUGACAAGGUCUUCGCCCUGGCUGAGUACCGCACCAAACACGAGGUGUGGCACACCGGCGAGAGAAGGUACCAGUGCAUCUUCUGCUGGGAGGCCUUCGUCACCUACUACAACCUCAAGACCCACCAGAAAUCCUUCCAUGGUGUUGACCCAGGCCUGACCAUCAGCCAGAAGACAGCCAAUGGUGGCUACAAACCCAAACUCAACGCCUUCAAGCUCUACCGCCUCCUGCCCAUGAGAAACCACAAGAGGCCAUAUAAGACCUACAGCCGCGCCAACCCCUCGGACAAUGCCCCCGUGGAGACCCCCCAUCCUACUGCCCCCGUGGAGACCCCCCAUCCUACUGUCCCCAUGGAGACCCCACAUCCUAUUGUCGCUGUGGGCACCCCCCAUCCUACUGUCGCCGUGGAGACCCCCCAUCCUACUGUCGCCGUGGAGACCCCCCAUCCUACUGUCCCCGUGGAGACCCCCCAUCCUACUGUCGCCGUGGAAACCUCCCAGCCCACCAUCACUGUAGAGACCUUCCCUCCCACCGCCGCCGUGGAGACCUUCCCUCCCACUGCCGCCGUGGUGGCCCCCCAUCCCACAGUCACCGUGGAGACUGCCCUUCCCACCGUCCCCGGGGAGCUGCCUCCCUCGACCGCCCCCGCAGGAACAGCCCCCCCGACCGUCCCCGUGGCAGCCCCGGCCGCCAGCACCCCCGGGCUCCCGUCAUCCCUCCGCCCUGAGGGCAGUACCGCCCUGGGCCCGGGGGAGCCGCCCCCACCCCGCCCCCACCAGCAGUGGCCUCAGCCCCUCCUGGGACCUGAGGGCGUGGUGCCGGGGCACUCGGUCAUCACGUACGGCGGCCCCCAGCCCCCGCCCCCCUCCUCCUCAUCAGUGAUUGUGGCACCACGAACCGACGCCACCCGCUGGGGGCAGUCCACCGUCAUCGCCUACAAUGGCAAGCACCCCCCACUCCCACCCCCACCCCCACCCACACCCACACCCCCUGGGCACCGGGAGCCCAGCACCAUUACCAGGGAGAGGCCGGUGAGUGGCUGGAGUGCGCCGUGCCAACGGGAAGCGCUGCCCUCCUCCUCCAGUGCCCCCCAGGGUCAGAAGGAGCAGCGGGGGCCGAAGGCCAAACGGCCUCCGGGGGGUGCCGCCGAGGGGAGGACCAUGACCUACGUGGCCAAGCCAGCUUGCCCGGGCGCCGCCAGCGAGGGCCGAUCAGCGCCACUCUGCCGCAUCACGGUCCGCAUCGGGGAGGAGGCCCUGGUCAAGCGUCGGAUCGCAGAGUCCGACCUGAUCCGGGAUGAGGCGGGCCAAAGGGCGCCCCCCGGGGGCAAGAGGGGGCCGAGCUGCGAGGAGGCCUCGGAGGGAGAGCACCAGCCCCGGGUGAGGAGGAGGAAGAGGAGGAGGAGGAGGAGGCGGAGGAGGAGCGACGGUUACUCCCUCGGCCAGGACUCCGAGGAAGAAGACAGCGACCUGGAAGAUAACCUCUGGAGGCCCUACUACUCCUACAAGCCCAAGCAGCGGGUUGCUGGCUCCUUCCGCAGGUCGCACAGGGCCGGGUGGCACAGGAGGCUACGUUACCGACAUCCUCCCGCCCCUCCCCCUCCCCCCUCCUCGCCCCCUCCACCCGGGGGGCACCCCGCUCCGCGCCCUCCUCAGGGCCCCAGUGACCCACGGGACGGAGGAGAGAGACCCCUGAGUGAGGGGGUGCGGACCCCGCAUUCCCAGGGCCGGGAGCCCGCUCCUCGAGGAAACAGCAGGAAGACGGCCACGAGCAGCUGCUUCCCCAAGAUGCCCCCUUCUGCCCCUGGGAGGCGGCCCACGGAGGAGGAGGGGGCACAGGAGGGGGACGAGGAGCAAGCAGGGUCGAGGCCGGACCCCGGAGCGAGACUGUCGGCGUUCGGUGUGGAUCUCGACGCUGCCAUUGGCUGCCUCCCACCUACGGAAGAGACGGUAGCACACGCUGCACAAGGGGAAGGGAACCGAGCAGCGCAGCCUCAAGGGGGAGCCGCUGAGAGGGAGCCCGCCUGGGUCCCGGGGACGGGGCGGGAGAGCGACGUGUCGCAGGGGGACACCAUCACCAGCCUGGUGCCGCAAGUCGACGAGACCAGGGCGGCAGAGACUGUUGACCCUGGGGGGGUUUACAACGGCACCCAGCCCCGAGAGGACGGGGAUGGCUCCCCGGGCACCAGCGGGCGCGGAGCGGACACCUUGCUGCCACAGGAAGCAAGCCACGACUUCCACACUCUGGAGCCUGAGGAAUGCAGACGAGCCGGCACCGGCCUGGAGUACCCAGUCCAGGAGUACCCCAUCCCCCUGCUAACCAAUGGGAACUGCUGCCCACACAGCAAGGCCCCAGGCCCAGAGCGGGUGAAGCCGGGCGAUGGGGGACUGAGUAAGGUGGCGUUCUACCAGGACCCCUACCCACUGAUGUACGGCCACCAGCUGCUGACCGGCACCUACUCCUACCCUAUUGCCCACGUCUCUCCCCUCCCUCUCGCCCUCAACAUGGUCAUCAGGGACGAGAAGGCCCAGCAUUUGCCCCUCCUCCAGAGGAUGUUUGUUUAUCCCACCCCCUGUCUUGGCGACGCCACCCCCCUGGGCACUGCAGAGAGCGGGGGCCGCGAUGAGGCAGGGGGGCGGGAGCUGGUCGCUGGGCAGAAGGGCUCCUCCUUGUACUGAGGGAAAACCCCCCAACGCCCCCGCAACUAACACCCCUUCCAACCCCAACCCCCUUCCCCACGGGUCAUCGUGACCCAAGAGUUGGAUCUUCCUCUGUAAUGUCUGUACCCAAUGACAUGGCAGGGGAGGGGGCGGAGUGUGGGGGUUUGGAGACAGGCCGGGUCGCUGUGAGUUGGGGGUGAAGACUGGGCUGGGGUCAAGUUGACUAUUUCAGGAACGGCCAAGCAUGAAUCCGGCCUCUUUCCCGCUCGACAGAAAGCCGACUCCCCCAUCAUCCCAUUCCUGUGGUUAGUGGACACACCAAUAGCCAUUUCCCCUGGUCC